AUGCAGCUCCCUGCCCUGAGGUCCUGGGCUCCCCUCCUCCUGACUGACCUGAUUUUGCUUUGGUUGUUGCCAGAACUGGAAGGGCUCCUAUUCCCUCCAGGGCUCUCCGGACUCUGGCUGGAGGGGGCUUUUCGGAUGGGGGUGCUGUGGGGAGUUCUGAGUUUAUUGGGGGGGCUCGGGAAAGUGGGGGAACUAUUGCCUACCUUGUGCUUGAGCACCCCCCUGUUCCUGUCCCUCAGGGCCCUUGUUCCAGGGGCCUUGAAUGCCCCCCCUGUGCUCCUAGCUUCAGCCCCGUGGGCCUGGAUGCUGGUAGCUUACGGAGGAGGGGGACUGGGCUGGGCUGUGUGGGAGGUGCUGAGUCCCUCAGAAGCCCCUACCUCAGCACAGGAGAAGGAGCAAGGCCAGGAGAACAGAGCCAUGAUGUGGAGGCUGCUGAGACUGUCCUGGCCUGACUUCCCCUUCCUUGUUCCUGCUUUCUUCUUCUUGGCUGCUGCAGUCCUAGGUGAGAUGUUCAUCCCUCACUACUUUGGUGUAGUGAUUGACCUCCUGGGGACAGACUUUGACCCUGAUGCCUUUGCCACUGCCAUGUUCUUCAUGUGCCUCUUCUCCCUUGGAAGCUUAUUAUCUGCAGGUUUUCGAGGAGGCCUCUUCACCAUUAUCCUCUCUCGAAUCAACCUUCGCACUCGGCGUCUGCUCUUAUCCUCCCUACUGCACCAGGACCUCAGCUUCUUCCAGGAGACCAAGACAGGGGAGUUAAACUCACGCCUGAACUCUGACACUAUUCUGAUGAGUCGCUGGCUCCCUGGUAGUACCAAUGUGUUUAUUCAGAGCUUGAUAAAGGUCAUAGGGCUAUACAGCUUCAUGCUCAACCUCUCACCUUGGCUCACUGUUCUUUCUCUGCUUGAGAUACCCCUCAUAAUGGCUGCUGAGAAGGUCUAUAAUGCCCGACAUCAGGCAGGGCUCCGUAGGAUACAAGAUACAGUGGCAAUGGCUAGACAGGUGGUGCAGGAGGCAGUGGGAAGCUUGAGAACUGUGAGGAGUUUUGGGGCAGAGGAGGAUGAGGCCCAUCGCUACGAGGAGGCCUUGGAACAGAGACAGAAACUACAGUGGCUCCAGAACAGGGAACACAGAGUGUAUCUGCUCUUCAGACGGGGACUUCAGCUAGGGAUGCAGGUAUUGAUAUUAAACUGUGGACUAAGGCAGAUUCUGGCUGGAGAGCUCACCAGGGGGGGCCUCCUCUCCUUCCUCCUUUAUCAGGAGGAUGUUGGGAGACGUGUGAAGAUCCUAGUCUAUGUCUUUGGAGACAUGGUGAGCAAAGUUGGAGCUGCAGAGAAGGUGUUCCAAUACCUGGACCGUGAGCCACAGAUGCCCCCACCUGGAAUGCUUGCUCCUUCUACUCUGCAGGGCCUUGUGGAAUUCCAAGAUGUCUCUUUUGCCUAUCCUACUAGCCCCCAAAAUCUUGUUCUCAAGGAAGUGACAUUCACUCUGCACCCUGGGAAGGUGACAGCCCUAGUAGGCCCCAAUGGGGCUGGGAAGAGCUCAGUGGCUGCAUUGCUGCAGAAUCUAUACCAGCCCACAAGGGGCCAGGUGCUACUGGAUGGGAAGCCCCUGCCUCAGUAUCAGCACCAGUACCUGCAUUCACAGGUGUCUGUGGUUGGGCAGGAGCCUGUGCUGUUUUCAGGGUCAGUGAGGGACAACAUUGCCUAUGGGCUGCAGAGCUGUGGGGAUGAUGAAGUGAGAGCUGCUGCCCAGGCAGCCCAUGCUGAUGGAUUCAUUGCCAGUCUGGAGCAUGGGCUGGACACAGAUGUUGGAGAGAAGGGGAGCCAGUUGUCUGCAGGACAGAAGCAGUGUCUGGCCGUUGCUCGGGCCCUGGUACGGAAUCCCCGUGUCCUCAUCCUGGAUGAGGCAACCAGUGCCCUGGACACCAAGUGUGAGCAGAAGAUUCUGGAGAGGAUACUGCAGGGGGGUCGGACAGUGCUGAUGAUUGCACACCGCCUACAGACCGUGAAGGCUGCUGACCACAUCCUAGUGCUGAAGCAGGGGAAGCUGGUGGAGCAGGGGACCCACACUGAGCUCCUGUCUCAGAGAGGCCUUUAUCACCACCUGGUGCAGCAUUAG